AGGAGGAGCCGGUCAAGGUGCGCUGAUAGAACCUGCAGGAAAUAAAGACUUUUCCGUUGUAGUUCUUUUUUUUUUUUUGAAAGAUGUUGUUGAGCCAAGAGAGCGUCCUGUCGGUUCUUCUCUCGGCGGGUGGCCGAGUGAGGAAAUCCGAGCUGGUGUCUCGCUUUAAAGACUCGGUGGACUGCGACGAUCCGGCUGAGAAGACGCGGAACAGAGAACUCUUUAAGACUUUUGUUAACAACGUCGCCUGCGUGAAGGAGAGCGAGGGUGUCCGCUAUGUGGUGCUCAAGAAAACCUACCAGAAAUGUCUACAGGAGAACACGGAGGACAAGGAGGACAAGGAGGAGGGUCCACCUGAAGGAGAAGGUGAAGACAAGACAACAGCGCUGCUGUCUCCUUUUGAGCUUGCAUUGCACAGGAGCAAAUAUUCAGAAACAAAAGUGCAGAAGAUGCUCAGUUUUGCAGCCAAACCCUACGCUUUACCUCUGAGGAUGCCCUCCGUGGACCUCAAGGUGGACACCCCAGAAAGCCCCGUAAGAACCAAAAGGAGACCACCUUCAGAUGAGCCUAAAGAUACCAGAAUCCUGUCUUCGGUUCCUCUAGACCAGGCGGAGCACGAGUGGCUGGUGAAGUGCGCCUCUGGUCACUGGAGUCAGGUCUACGGCCUCCUGCUGAGAGACCGCCAGCUGGUCCACAAGCGGGACUUCAUGUCGGGCUUCACUGCCCUGCACUGGGCCGCCAAGCACGGCAACGGCGACAUGCUGGAGAAGCUCGUCGACCUCUCCAGGGAGACGGGUGACGCUGUGGACGUCAACGCCAGGACGCACGGCGGCUACACCCCCUUGCAUGUCGCCGCCUUGCACAAGCAGGACAACAUCCUGGCCGUGCUGGUGGCGGAGUACGGCGCCGAUGUGAGCAUACGGGAUAACGGCGGCAAGAGGGCGUACCACUAUCUGCACAAGGACGCCUCGGAGACCAUCAGGGAGAUGUUAAGCCAACCUAAACCCCAGCAGGCUGGCGACGACAGGGAGGAGCCGUUCCAGGAUUUGUCCAAGGGCCGCCACUCCAUAAGUCGCCUCUUCCAGCCUCACGUGAGGCCGCACAGGAGGGGGCACAAGCAGAGACCCGCGUUCUUCUCACUGAGCGACGAACCGGCCGGCGAGGAACAAGAAGACGGGGUCUUCAGACACAGGAUCGUAUCAGACGCUUUUGCAUAACGAUUCACGAAGGAUGACUUAUGGACAUACCAUAGCUCCAGAAAACAAAUGGAGACUGAAGCAACAGCGCUUCUGCUGGUUGAAGCCAAGUACUGCACUCCAUUUAGCGUAAACAACAAUCCCUCAUUUCUGUGUAUUUGCUUGUUUGUUUACUGUAUCAUUAUGACUCUAUGGAAGUCACUCGAACAUAAUAACAUAAUAAAUAGCGGUGAUGGUCGACAUUUUUCAUGAAGCAUCCAAACACUCAAAAAGGAAUUCCCAUGCUAAUACUUGCUGUGUCCCACAGGUGGUGCCCCCGAAAUGGAAAAGGACUAAUUAAACAUGAAAAGAAGUACCAGUGAUGUUGUCAUCAUAUAGAUUUUUUUUGCAAAAAAAAAAAAACACACUGUGGGUUAUGGUGGUACUGUUGAUAUCUUGGAUCUAACAGUAUCGGCGCACUAGCAUCAAAUAUUGAAUAUUAAAUAAUACAUUGUGAUUGUGUGUGUGCGUGUGUACUAAUGGCAUUUUGUCAGUUGAGCACAUCAACACAUUAGGAAAAUUAUAAUCGUGCGUUCCCCCUUCCGUGUGUGUGUGAGUGUUCUUGCCUGAGGUCAGCUGACACUAUAAUUCCCACGAAACACACACUGUGUUUGACGUCAAGACAAUGGCUCAUCUCCAAGCCUCAGGCCUUUUCAUUAUGCACAAGAAUAUUAUUUGAAGAAGCUGCUGUUUGUCACUCUUGUGUAUUUUUAUUUUGGUCCGCUGGUCCUUCACUCAUCCAUUAUUCCAUUAUUUUCUUUGGUGCACAUUUAGUGCAAUGGUGUAUUCUUUGUUAGACGUUUGUUGGGAAUUGCUGGAAAUAAAUUUGAAACAUUUUUAGAAUAAUUCGAUUUGUUUAUAUGUAUAUUUUUAAAAACAGAUAAUGCUAGUAUAAUUUUGAAUAUUAACAUUUGUAUUUGAUUAAUUAUCCAUCCGUUCAUUUUCUUCUGCUUAUCCUGGU